GGCAGACUCCAACAACAACUAUAUAAAGCUCGAGGCGCAGACAAAACUCCUAAACCCUCCGGAGAAGUUAGGAUCUUAUUCGACGAUUUCGAAAUCGCUUCAAAACUCAAAGCUGUCGGCUAUCGAUUCGUUCUCUCAGGUUUGCUUGCCUCUCUGCACUUUUAGGGUUUCGUUCCUUUUCUACCCCAAGAUCCGAUCGCCGUUAUCAAAAGGAUGGAGGCUUUAUCUGAUCCUGGCUUGGGCUCAGGCUCCUUGUUUAGGGUUUCAAUUUUAGGCUUACUUUUAUUUUGCUAUAGAUAUUCCGAUCCCUCGGUACUUCGAAAACUUUGCGUAUUACGUUCAAAGGAUUUGAGGAACUUGAAAUCGAGGCAAGAUUUCAUAGUACUGUUAGGGUUUGAAGAUGAAUGGAUGUAGGAAAUCAUAAUCUGUGGCACUCUCAUCAGCAGUAUGAUGAUAUCAAGGGCUGUGAUGAUGUAUAGCUUUUCUGUCCGGGUGAUCUCGGAACUUGGUCUCUCAGUGAUUUCUCUCAUUGUUUUUCUAAAUUGUUGGUUAUAGCAUGGCCUUUAAGGCGGUAAAGAGGCCGGCGAAUAGGUCAGAUAUAUCGGUGUAUUCUCGACCAGGACCAGGAGGAGGAGCUGUUUGCAAGUUCUUCCAGCAAGGAAAAUGCACCAAGAUAGAGUGUAGGUUCUCCCACGUUGUAGCACCAACUCCACUGACAAACCCUCGAGCUUUGGUUCGGACCAGGGAGGAGACUAUUACCAGAAGGGAUAAAAACAUAGACAGCAUUGUUACGCAGAAGGCCGUGGCUACUCCGAAGAGAAUGCCUGGCCAGCAAAGCAUGGCUACUCAGAAGAGCAUUGUUACGCAGAAGAGCCUGGCUAACAAGAAUAGCAUUGCCACCCAGAAAAGCAUAGUUACUCAGCAAAGCAUCCCUACCCAGAAAAGCAUUGCUACCCAGAAAAAUAAUGCCAUUCUGAAGCCCCUAGAAAAGGUCUGCAAAUUCUGGGCUAAUGGAAAAUGUAUGAAAGGUGAUAGAUGCCCAUACCUGCAUUCUUGGUUCCGUGGAGAUGGGUUCUCCAUGUUGGCAAAACUCCAAGACCACAAGAAGACGGUCACUGGCAUUGUGCUUCCCGAAGGAUCUAGCAAGCUCUAUUCAGCCAGUAAAGACGGAACAGUCAGAGUUUGGGACUGCCGUACUGGUCAUUGUGGCAGUGUAAUUAAUCUUGGUGGUGAAGCAGGUUGUUUAUUUAGCAAGGGUCCAUGGGUUUUUGCGGGUGCCCCAAAUGUUGUUGAGGCAUGGAACAUUCAGACAAAUGCUGAGUUUAGCCUAAGUGCACCUGCUGCGCAAGUGCAUGCCAUGGAGGUUGGUAAUGAAAUGCUCUUCGCUGGGACACAGGAGGGCAUUAUAUUGGUGUGGAAAGAUGGUCCCGAGGAUAAUCCAUUUCAGCUUGCUGCACCUCUGGAAGGCCACACCGGUGCUGUGGUAUGCUUAAAAGUUGAAGCUGACAGGCUUUACUCUGGUUCUGUGGACCAUACUAUUAGGGCAUGGGACCUUAAUAUGCUGCAGUCUAUUAUGACACUAAAUGCACAUUCUGAUGUGGUGACGUCCCUUAUUUGCUGGGGUCAAUUUUUGAUCUCAUGCUCAUUGGACUGCACAAUAAAAGUCUGGGCUGAGAAAGGCAACUUGGAAGCAACAUACACUCACACUCAAGAACAUGGUCUUCUUGGUCUUUCUGGAGUGGCAGAUGCAGAAGCUAAGCCAGUCCUGUUAUGCUCAUGUAAAGACAAUUCUGUUUGGCUCUACGAACUGCCGUCAUUUGCUGAAAGGGGCAGAUUAUUUGCAAAAGAAGAAGUUGGGGCGAUUCAGGUAGGACCUGGGGGACUAUUCUUCAGUGGGGAUGGAACUGGUCUCCUCUCUGUUUGGAAGUGGGUGGAACCUGGCCUCAAAGUAGAGUCUUCAUGAGUAGCAGACAAUCAACAUUUCAGUACUAUUUGGUUUGCAAGAGCCAUUGAGCCAUAAUUGCACUCAAGUUUGUAAAUAUUAACAGUUAUUCAAACCAAUGCUGUUUGUUGCAGCAACUCUUAAUAUCAUUUGAUAAAAGAGCCUUAAAUUUCAAGGUUCCAUGCUA